AUGCUAGUUCUAUUUCUUCCUCCACUUAUUUGUAGCCACUUCAGUUUUCCAAAAAGGUUAGAAGGGGUUGAUAAACCAAUUUUCCAGGACGAUAAUAAUAGUAGCCAAAGCCAUAUCGAUAUCGAAACAAGAAUUGAUGCUGGAAUUGAACUAACUUCAAAUAAUGGAACUUCAAGCACACUAAGAAUUAAUUACGAAUAUUAUAUGUGCUCAGUUAUAAUAAAAGAAGCUUCAUUUGAUAACAAUUACGCAUUUGGAGCCGUUACGGGCGGACCUUGUGGCGGUGCUCUGUAUGGAUAUUGCUCUGGUAUGGAGAUUCAUAACUGCAAAUUUUCCAAAAACUGCGCUGUUGAUGGCGGAGCAAUAUCUUUGACUGAGUGUACAGCCUUUCUCGAAUCAAAUAUUACGGGAAGUUCGAACGACUCAAAAACUUUUGAUUCAAAUACAGCUUAUUGUUUUGGAGGUGCCAUUUCUUUUGAAGGCAAUAUAAAUAAUUCCAAAACUCUGCAAAUAUUUAAUUACGUAUUCAUUAAUAAUACAGCCUACGAAGCAGGUGGCGCCAUACAAGCUAUUGUUAAUUCUGACGUUUACAUCCAAAAUUCAUACUUUAUAUCUAAUCUUGCUGGAGAUCAAGGUGGAGCUCUCUACUUUUUGAACAGCCAACUGACAUUUUAUCAAAAUUGCGUUUUAAGAAACAAGGCUGGUGCUGGCAAUCCAAAAGAUCCUGAUCCUCCUUACGAUAAUAAUAAUAAUACUUAUUACAAGAAAAAAUAUUUUGGUUUUCAGAAAGAAGUAUCUCCGAGGUUCAGGGGCAGAGGCUGUGGAGGUAUAGCGUUUAUUAAUUAUCUCCCAAGUCAAGAAUAUAAGACAUUUAUUUCUUAUGGCAAUUUUUACAACGAAAACUCAAUGGUUAAAGGUCUUGCAACUGAUCUCUAUCAUGAAAAUCAACUCAUUGGAAGUAGCGUUAUGGUUGAAGAUUAUGUAAAAUGGCAUUCAAAUCAUGAUUACUAUUCAAGUGGGAUUAACUCAGAUACAGCAAUAAUAGGCCCUGUGGAAAAAUAUGAUGUUAAUAUAUCAUAUGCUACUUCACCCACAAAAUGUUUACCUGGUAACUAUACCCAAAUAUCGAUCUAUGACAAUACAAGUGCAAUUUUCACAUUUACACCUAAUACAAAUACAUCUCGACAAUCUGAUCAACCAAAAACUUCCUCUAUUGUAGAUCCAACAAAUUAUACUUAUGUUGCUACACCUAUUACUCGGCUUCCAAAACAAACAACUAGUAGUCCCCCAAGAAAAUCGGCUACAAAAUCAAUAACUUACAGUGAAACCCAUUCAAUACCAACUGCUCCUAGCCGCACACUUCAUUCAACACCACAUUCAACACCAAAUUCUACUCCACAUUCUACCGCACAUUCCACAGCUCAUUCAACACCACAUUCAACAGCUCACAAAACACCUUUUUCAACAGCUCAUUCAACACCACAUUCUACCGCACACCCAACAGCUCAUUCAACACCACAUUCUACACCACACUCAACAGCUCAUUCAACACCACAUUCUACCGCACACCCAACAGCUCAUUCAACACCACAUUCUACACCACACUCAACAGCUCAUUCAACACCACAUUCUACCGCACAUUCCACAGCUCAUUCAACUCCACAUUCUACCGCACACUCAACUCCACAUUCCACAGCUCAUUCAACUCCACAUUCUACCGCACACUCAACACCUUUUUCAACAGCUCACAAAACUCCAUUCAUAACAGUAUUCUCAACUCCGCAUUCAACUCCUCAUUCAACAGCUCAUUCAACAGCUUCAUUCACACCUCUUUCUACACCUUACAUUCCACCAAUUGACAUAUCAAAGCCAACAGAUGUGACAGGAGAAUCCAGUGGUUACACAAAAUCAUUAACUGAAGUUCAAUAUCAAUACCAUACAGAUUAUCUUACAAACAUUUCUACUGAUGUAGGUAACAAAAUUAACAAGACAGAAACAAAUAUUACAACAAUAGCAUAUGCUAAUACAAGUGUACUAACAUGGGUUAUUACAUCAGGUGUAGAAACAACAAGUACAGUAACUUGGACCUAUAUUGAAUCUAAUACCACUACACUUACUGUUUCAACUACUUUAGUUGAGAAAAACACUUCAAUAAAGGCAAGUGAAGGCAAUGAAGAAGAUAACACAUCAACGCUUUCUUUAGUUGAAACAAAGACAAUAGUUACUACAUACACAAUGACACUUGUUAUGACUGAAACAAACAUCAUCAUUCCUUUGGAUGACUCAACUGUCGGAAGUAACGUUAAAUCCGGCACAAUCAUUCUGAUCGCUGUACUUUGUUUGGUUGCGGUGUUCUGCUUAGCUAUAAUCGGUCUCUUCUUGUACAGAAAGUCCCACAACAAGUCAUCGGAAUCAGAAUCUUCGAUCAAUGACGACAGUGAUUUAUUCAACGAUGAAACAAGACAGCAACAGACGAUCGUCACGUUUAAUGCAGAUGAUGAUAACACAAUGUUGUCAACCUUCAAUAUGGGUACUGAUAACAUCGAAGAUAAUGAAGAAUCUCUCAAUGACGAUGAUGAAAUGUUUCUUAACGCUGAAUUUUAA